GCCAAAGGGAUCCAACCCCACUGCUUGUGACAGCCAUGAAGAGAAGCACCCUCCUCAUCCUCUCCAUCACGGGGGUCUACAGUGCCAUUCUCCACACAGCAGCAUGGUCUGUGAAUAACUUUCUGAUGACAGGACCUAAGGCUUACCUGACGUACUCCAGCAGCGUGGCGGCCGGGGCGCACAGCGGGAUGGAGGAGUGCAAGUUCCAGUUCGGCUGGGAGCGCUGGAACUGCCCCGAGAGCGCCCUGCAGCUCUCCACCCACAACCGGCUCCGCAGCGCUACCCGGGAAACCUCCUUUGUGCACGCCAUCAGCUCGGCCGGGGUCAUGUACACCCUGACCAGGAACUGCAGCCUGGGAGACUUCGAGAGCUGCGGCUGCGACGACUCCAGGAACGGCCGCGUCGGCGGCCGAGGCUGGGUCUGGGGAGGAUGCAGUGACAACGUGGAGUUUGGGGAGAAGGUCUCCAAGCUCUUUGUGGAUGCCUUGGAAACAGGACAUGAUACCCGCGCACUGAUUAACCUGCACAACAAUGAAGUUGGGAGACUUGCAGUGAAGGACACAAUGAAGAGAGCCUGCAAGUGCCACGGGGUGUCGGGCAGCUGCAGCAUCCAGACCUGCUGGCUGCAGCUCGCCGAGUUCCGCGAGAUCGGCAACUACCUGAAGCUCAAAUACGACCAAGCCCACAAGCUGGAGAUGGACAAGAGGCGCAUGAGAGCCGGCAACAGCGCCGACAGCCGCGGGGCCACGGCAGAGACCUUCCACCACAUCCACGCCACAGAGCUCGUCUUCCUGGAGGACUCCCCUGACUACUGCACCAGGAACGCCAGCCUGGGCCACCACGGCACCGAGGGCCGCGAGUGCCUGCAGACCGGCAAGAACCUCUCGCAGUGGGAGAAGAGGAGCUGCCGGCGGCUCUGCACCGAGUGCGGGCUGCGGGUGGAGGAGCGGAGGACAGAGGUGGUGUCCAGCUGCAACUGCAAGUUCCACUGGUGCUGCACGGUGCGCUGCGAGCAGUGCCGGACGCUGGUGGCCAAGCACUUCUGCACCCGCCGCGACUCCGCCGCGCCCAACCACAUCAGGCAGAGGAACAGGGGCCACAGGAGAUAGGGGAGGGACGCU